ACUCAGGAAAAAGUUGCAGGGAAGUCCUCUAAGCCUGCAAAGUAAGUGUGGGACCUGCAAAGUACCGGGUACAUGUUGACCCUUGCUAGACAGGAGUAGUUUUGAGAACACACAUGAUAUAUUGUCCAUCCACAUGGCUGGAAGCAACUGACAGUGUGAUGCCCUCUGGCAACUGUGAAAACUGCUUCAGUUUCUUGAAACUGGAAACUUGUUGGCGUUUUACUGACAUACUGAUUGCUUCGCUGGAUUUCGGCUUUGUUAUUUAAUUCCGUCCAAGAUAAACCAUCAGGAUAAUAUGAUGCGCCAGGGAGAAUGCAAAUGGACUCAUAUGUUUCCUUUUCUCAUGGUAUCACUUGUGUAUUCUGCUAAAGCUGAAUAUUCUAACUGUGGUGAAAAUGAGUAUUACAAUCAGACGACUGGAAUGUGCCAUGAGUGUCCACAGUGUGAGCCAGGAGAAGAACCUUAUAUGACAUGUGGAUAUGGCACCAGAGAUGAAGACUAUGGCUGCGUCCCUUGUCCAUCAGAAAAAUUUUCAAAAGGCGGAUAUCAGAUCUGCAGAAGGCACAAGGACUGUGAAGGGUUCUUCCGGGCAACAGUUAUGACACCUGGAGAUCAAGAAAAUGAUGCAGAAUGUGGGCCUUGUCUCCCUGGUUACUACAUGUUAGAAAACAGACCACGGAAUAUUUAUGGAAUGGUUUGCUACUCGUGUUCACUGGCUCCUCCCAACACAAAAGAAUGUGCAGGAAUUACCUCUGGGGUGUCAGCCAGUUUCCCAAGUACGUCUGGAACAAGUACUAAUUCUCCUUUCCAGCAUGUGGAUAAAGUUCCAGGAGACCUUUCUGGACAAGGACAUCUUGCUACUGCUCUAAUCAUUGCUAUGUCAACAAUUUUCAUAAUGGCUAUUGCUAUCGUCCUGAUCAUCAUGUUUUACAUUGUGAAAACUAAGACUUCAGCUCAAGCUUGUUGCACAAGCCAUUCGGUGAAGACUGUAGAAGCCCAGGCCAACAUGCAGGAAGAAAAAAAAGAAGUACAAGAAAAUGUGGUGAUUUUCUCAGAGAAAGAUGAGUUUGGAAAAUUGACAGCAACUCCAGCUAAGGUUGUCAAGAGUGAAAAUGAUGCUUCUUCAGAGAAUGAGAGGCUUCUAAGUCGUAGCAUGGACAGUGAUGAAGAAGCAGCUAUUGACAAGCAAGGCACUCCAGAACUGUGCUUGUUGUCGUUAGUACAUUUGGCGAGAGAUAAAUCUUCGACUAACAACAAAUCAACUGGCAUACAAAGCCGGAGGAAAAAGAUACUUGAUCUGUACACUAACGUAUGCAGCGUUGCAGAAGGCCUCAGUCCUACAGAACUGCCUUUUGAUUGUCUGGAGAAGACCAGCAGGAUGCUCAGUUCUACAUACAACACAGAAAAAGCCAUUGUGAAGACUUGGCGUCACCUCGCUGAGAGCUUUGGACUGAAGCGUGACGAAAUAGGUGGCAUGACAGACGGCAUGCAGCUCUUCGACCGCAUCAGCACGGCAGGCUAUAGUAUUCCGGAACUCCUAACGAAACUAGUGCAGAUUGAGCGGCUGGAUGCCGUGGAGUCUCUCUGUGCAGAUAUCUUGGAGUGGGCACAAGUGAUGCCCAAGCCCGAAACAGUGGUGGCCUCCUGACAUGUGUGUGAUCUCCAUUUCCAAAGGAUUUAAGAGGAAAUGGAUUCCACGAACAAUGGGACCCAGAAGGGGACAGAAUCUUGAAAGCAUAGCUGGCCUUCGGAUUUCAGUAGCAUUUCCUAUUGUUCCAAGAAUAAAGUGAGCCAAGGUGUGUGUUGCUGGCUAUCACAGACAAUUGCAAGGAGCUCAACUUGAAGACUUUUUGAAUGAAAAUGGCUGGGCCCCAUAAAAGAUACUCAUUUCUGACUCCAUUUACAAGCAUAGAUACAGAUCAGCCUGCUGAUAUCAUUGCUUGCUUUGAAGAAAUCUGAUUUAAUUGCUAUGGCUUAAUUUUGUUUCAGUCCUCAACAAUUAGUAACUACCAUCAGAUAUAGUGUUGGCAGAUACAGAUUAGAAGAAUGCCAGUUCUGCUACAUCAAGCAUUUAAUU